UUGUGUUCUUGGAAGUUCUUUCAUUCGGUUCGGUCUCGCCAGUAGAGUGAAUGCCAACGGUACACGACGGAACAAAUUUUCUCCCACUACUUGGUGGCCAUUAGUGAGGUGCAAUCCUCUCCUACUUUCACGGAGCGACGCGUAAUCAAUAGUUUUCGGUUUCGGCAGUGUGCAGAUUCGUAUUCUCUGGAAAGAUACCGAGUGUGAAGUACUGUGCUGUGCAAUUAGAAGUAGAAGCUUGGCAGAUAAAAGAUUUUUUUUUCUGGGUGGGGAGAGGUUGUCUCUUGUCACAGGUGAUUCCACUAUGGUUCCCGUGACUGGUGCAAGUUGACACUGUGGCAGGUAUUUAGUCCUGCGGGGGGUGAGGGGGCUGAAAAAGCUUAAAUAUGUGGUUUCGGUUUCCAUCAAUUAGACAGUAAAUUGGGUGGUAUGAAGAAAAUUUGCGCGGUAAUGUUCGAUCGGCGGUCGGAAAUCAGAACACAACAGAUUACCGCAUCAUCGUAACCGGUUGGCCACGGCGCCCUCCUUGGAGCGAAAGAUCGAUCGGUGGCGUCUUCGUCGUCGUCGUCGUCGCUGUCAUAUAAUUAGUAUUCAAUGGAAUCAGCGGCCAACAUUUGGUCAAUCCCGGUUCGCAUUAUCUUAUCUUGUUUUCUACGCAUGGUAAAAGGAUAGUUCCCCAAACUGCAAGCAGCAAUGGUGGCGCCGAUUUGAGCCACAACAAAGAAAGAAAGAAAGAAGAAUAGAAGAAUCCAAGUGAAUAUGUGAAUGUGCAGAAACGGGUAAUGCGGGAUAGUGUCAAGUGGAAAUGAGAAAAAAAUACGUUAGUCAGAAGUGCAUAUCAGUAGCAGCAACAGCAGAAUGCAGUCGAAAGCAGCAACGUCGACGGCGACGGCUGCCCGCAGUGAAUAACUUGUUGCAAGUAACCAGCAGUACAAGUACAAGUUGGACCCAACUGUGAUAGUGGUGAGAUUCUCGGGUGAGAGAAAGAGCGAGCGAGCGAGCGAACGAACGAGUGGUUCGAUUUGAUAGUGAAAGCGAAUUCGCUCGAAAAACUGUAUUUACAAAAUUGUGGUCGUUUCGCACGACAGAAGAAUUCUGUUCACUACUGGAUUAGCAGAUUACAGCAAACAGCAGAACCGGCUGUGCUGCUCGGAUUCGCACAAGAUGACAGUGGAUUUUAACGAUUAUUUUUGGGGCGACAAAAACAACGGCUACGAAGUGCUGUACCAGAACAUGAAAUAUGGCCUCUCGGCGACCAAGGAACUGGCCGAGUACUUCCGCGAGCGGUCCAACCUGGAGGAGUACAACUCGAAACUGCUGGCCAAGCUAGCGAACAAGGCCGGCUCGAGUGGCGGUGGAACGUUUUCCCCGCUCUGGAUUAUCCUGAAGUCCACGACCGAGCGUUUGUCGGAGCUACACUCGGCCAAGGUGCAAAAACUGAGCGACCUGGUGAAGAACAUUAACAAGUAUGCCGACGAGUUGCACAAAAAGCACAAGACGGUAAAGGAGGAGGAAUCCGGCACUCAGGAUGCGGUACAGGCCAUGAAAGAAUCCACCGUGGCCGUGGGGAAAGCUAAAGAUAUCUACAAUACUCGGCUGCAAGAAUUGGAAAAGGCUCGCAAGGACAAUUCGACCAAAGAGAUCGAAAAGUCCGAAGCCAAACUGCGCAAACAGCAGGACGACUACAAGGCCCUGGUCGAGAAGCACAAUAUCGUCAAACAGGAGUUCGAGAAAAAAAUGACAAUAACUUGCAAGCGUUUCCAGGACAUCGAAGAGGCCCACUUGAAGCAGAUGAAGGAAUUUCUCUCAUCCUAUAUGGAAAUAGUUCAAAACAAUUUCGAUCUGGUCGGUCAGGUCCACUCUGAUUUGAAGCGUCAAUUUCUGGAGCUGACGGUUGACAAACUGCUCGAACAGUUUGUCCUCAACAAAUACACCGGUCUGGAAAAGCCAGAGUUUAUAGAGCUUGAUUUGGUGAACUUGUCCGGUGGCUCCCUAACGACUAACAGCGCGUUGCUAGAGAAUACCUCGAACCCGAAUGCCAACUCGAGUGGUUCAACGGUUGGCCUGGCCGGUGGUGGUGGUUCGAUAACCGAUUCGCCAGCCCUCUCGACGACCAGCUCGUCGCAGCCGGUUCCGAUCAUCAUCAAGAAGGAAAGCAACCUGCGAAGUUGGUUCACUUCCAGUUCCAGUGCAGCCGUGCCAACAAACUCACCGGUGAACCAGCCGACCUCGCCGGCACCGUCCACCGGUGGUGGUGCCCGCGGUAGUUUGAUCGAUGCCCUGGGGGCCAGUGCGGACCGACCGCUGUCACCGGUAUCCGCGACGAUGGUGGCGGCGGCGGCAACGACGACGACGACGACCAUGGCGGGAGAUUCAUCCGCUUCCAGUUCGGCCCAAAGUACGGCUAAGACAAGUAAAUCCUUUUACGCCGACUUUCUAAACAAAACUAAUCACAAUCAGCAACAGCCACCACAAAACAAGCAACAGCAAACGCCGCAAAUGAAACAGGAACAAGAAUCGCAUCAACAACAUCAACAACCAAAAUCUUCCCGCCGCACUACCUCCCUUCUAAAUCUCUUCAUGUCUAACUCCCAGGGGAGUCGGGAAAGUCGUGAUUCGACCACGAGCGGCGGUGCCGAUUCGGUGUCCACCAGUACGGCCGGUGGAAUGGCAAUUUCUGCGCCCACCAGCCCCAACGAUGUCCACAACGGCAACCACAACAACAACAACAACAAUGGCAGCGGCGGCGGUGGCGGCAGUGGAAAUAAUGGCAUAGCAAGUUCCUUCAUUGGCAGAAAUCCACUGCUCCGAGGAUCCAAAUUUUCCGGAUUCCUGCGGAGUCGCCGGGAGAAGGCCAAAUCGAAGAAGACCAAGAAGAAAAAGGAUUCGGUCGAAAAUGCCAGUGCCAAAGAUGAGAAAAUCUCUGACGCCGAGGAAAAAGACGAAAUGGUGAAGGCGACGGACGUCGCUAGCAAUUUACAGACGACGUCUGCGGUCAGUACGGGCAACGUCGCACCGACGGCCACACCCGAGGUAGACGAGGACGGUUACAGCAUACAGCCACGGGAUGGCACGUGGGACAGUGGCACUAUUACGGAGAAAAGUAACAACUUCUACUCCAGUUCCGAUAGUGAUAGCGAGGACGAACGGGGUGAUCGCAAGAUACACGUGGAAAUCAAGCCGCUGAACAAUGGAGCGGCACCGAUAUCGGCCAGCGUGGACGAACUACGGGCGACCGUAGAGAAUCUGUCCCUGUCGCCCAUCGGGGCACUUUCGACGCACCACUACCACUCGUCGUCAGUAGCUUCUUCGUCGCAUCCGGCGAACCAAGGCCACCAGCAGCUCGGAAGCGGUAGCCAAUCGGCUGGUCUGUUGAACAACCACACACAUCUAACUAGUCCAAAUGCAUCGAAUGCUUCCACUCCGACGGCGGUACAUCCGUACGCACCACUCCAGAGCCCGACGUUAUCGAUGUCCACUGCUUCCAACAAUCGCUACGCGGAUUUAGGGGACAUAUUUUCCGAAGUCGGAGACAUAAGCUCUUCGGCACCCGCUUCGGCAAAUCUAUCAAAAUUGUCACAACGUCAGAUUCCUACACCAACAUCCGCCGGCGGGAGUAGUAUAGCGAUACCGAGGCCACCUUCCCGACGGUCGGAAGCUGCUGUUCGUGGAAGGAUAAGUCCCGCGUCACAGAUUGCCCGCGCCGACAGCGUCGGUAGUCUGGAGUUCCGCAGUCCAAGCGUGGGAAUCGGAUCGUCGCGAGGACCCUCCCCGCUGACGAUUGGUAUGUCCGACACAAUACCUCUGGCUGUUGCAUUCCACGAGAUCAUCCAUGCUUACUUCCGAGGCUCUGAUGAAACCCGCUGUCAAGUUAAAAUGUCCGGCGAUAUGAUGCUAUCCUUCCCGGCCGGUAUAGUGAACGUGUUAGCCAACAACCCGAACCCGGCGAAGCUUGCUUUCCGUGUUAAAAACCUGCAGCAUCUGGACAACUUUAUGCCCAACAAGCAGCUGAUCACGAUCGACAAACUGCAAUCGACCGCGUUCAGUACGACGCUAGAGUUCAACAUGCCAGUAUUAACGUCCAUCCUGCGGCGACAGUCGGAACAGAAUCCAACUGCACCGUACUUCAACGUGGAUAUUCUGAAAUAUCAGAUCAAAGCAAAACCGGGGGCCUCAUCCUGCCCAUUCCAGCUGGUUUCCUACUGGAAGUGCGAACCGAAGCACACCGACAUUAAGAUCGACUACAAGUACAAUAGCCAUGCGAUGGCCCUUGCUUCGCCACUGCUGAACGUGUCGAUAUCGGUUCCGGUGGACGGAAGCGUGAAAAACGUACAAUCGAAACCACAUUCCGCUUGGCAAGGUGAAUCCAACCGGCUCGUGUGGAAUUUCACCGACAUCUCGCAGCACUCGGACAACGGGGGUGUAGAUACUCUGCGGGCCCGGUUGGAAGUCGGAUCGGGACCCUCGAAUCCGGCCAUCAUUUCCACUCAAUUUAACUGUGAAGGAACCACGCUGUCCGGAAUCGAAUUCGAACUGGUUGGGACGGGUUACAGACUGUCACUGGUUAAGAGGCGAUUCGUUUCCGGUAAAUACAUCUGCGAAGCGGACGGUGUACGAUGCCUGAAAACGCCAACGCCACCGAACGCCGGAAUUCUGUCACCCAGUCCGUACAGUACCAAAUCGGCCGGUUCGGGCGGUUCGGGAUAGCGAAAAGUCUACUUGUACGACUAGAGACGACCGCGCCGCAGUGGUGGACUUCGCUGCUGCUAAGGCCGUAUAACCCCGAUGUGAUUGUUGUAACACUCCUCCUUCUCCUCCCCCGUGAAUAAAGCGUACAAUUGGGCCGGAUCGAAUCGUAAAAUUGCUGUGGUAGAACGCGAACUCUUCCACUCUAUUACUAUCGUGUAAUACUACUACUACUACUACUAGCGAGUUGAACCGACAGUCGCGUGUGGGGGGCUGUUUAUUUAGGUUUUUAUUCUCUCUCGCGUAUUCCUUCGAAGGAACCAAAUGUUGCCUUUUUCCGAACCGUUGUAAAAAAAACAGAAUUUAUCAUAGCUUCGACGAGCUUCUAGCUAGACGGGGAUCCAGUUUGCUGCCCUUAGAUUUCCUUGUAAAUACUCAAUUAUAUACUGGGAUUGCGGUAUAAUUUUUCAAAAAAAAAAAAACGAAAACUUCUCACAGUAUCACUAACCAAAACAUUUCCAAGUUUUUACCGUGAACUAACUCAACUCGUGUGUACAUAGGAAAAUUUAACGAAUCAUUACUGUUACAGUUGCCGUAGGUUAGUAAAUGCGAUCGUAGUAGGAUACUAGAGGGAGAGAGAGCGACGGAACCGAAGUUACGAGAAAUGAAUCAAACGAAAGUAUUAUUUACUGUUAUAAAUGGUUCAUCCUAGCAAAAGCUAACGUAACGAUUCAGUUCGCAUUUUUGGGUGAUUUUGAUGUGAAGCUACCGAAAGAAGAAGAAAGAAACAAAAAACAAAUGAUAGCACAGUCGAACUGAUAAUGUUUAAAUACUUGAGUACGAUAAUAGUAUGCAAUGCAACAAAACACAUUCACAACUAAUAAUACUGUCAGAAGUAUAUGUUAAACAUAUAUAAAAUAGAGGAAAAAGAAAAUCUCACGAAUACUAACCACAGAUAGACGAAAAAGGAACUUAUUCGUAGACGUAGAUAAGUUUUAGCUAAUAACUAAUGCAUACACAACCGUUGGGUGUAAUUUUGAGACCAUUGAAAUUAAAACAAAAUUAAGAGCAUAUAUAGUAAACUUUCCUGCUAA